GUACAAUCAGAUGUUAUCUAUUGUACGGUAUCUGGUUAUUGAAAGUGAGGAAUUGACGACACUGGACGAUUAAAAAUGAAUUGUAUUCUGGCUGUAAUUUCAUACUUUAUUCUAUUCCACACAAUCUAUGCAGAGGAAGAUGUGUACUUAGCAGCUGGUGGUAAUCCAAAUGAUCCAAGCUCAUCAACAAUCUGGAUUUUACAAGAAAGAACAAAUAAAAUAUUAUUGGACUGGAUUCCGUUUACUUCAGAUUCUAUUGAGAAUUUACAACUUCUACGAAAUGGAAACAGUUAUCGUGAUUUGGAUAAGGAUACAACUACAGUAGCUAUAAAUACAGUUGGAUCAUUUUGUCAGUCAGAUAAAUAUGAAAUUCAUGGCAAAUCAUUAACCCUGGGAUUUAUUCCAAGAACACGCGAAAGAAAAAGCUUAAUUUACAAACGAGUGCCCAGAGUUAUAAACCCAAGUUUAGUGGUAAAGAAUAACCACCAAUCAUCCACUGAAAUACAAUGGGAUCUUGAAGGAGAACCCUGUGAAAUGAAUUCUUAUAUACUAAUUUUUACACCGGAUUCAUAUGGAGCUUUUGAAAUGCAUAUUCAAUCUACUAACAACAAACAUUUUGUCAUCAAUAGAAAACUAAACAAUACAGAAGAAGUUAUAAUGACUGUGUUCCAGGGGAAUUCAUUUGCUCUUCCAAUUAUAGUUAGACAAAAUAUAACAGAUGGAGAUGCCAGGAGUACUUCAACUGUAGCAUAUACUAAAGUGAAGAAUACUCCAAGUAUUAAAGGAGUUGGAAUUCCUUGGAAGCCAUUGUUAAUUGGUGUUAUUUAUAUGAUUCUACUCACGUGUAUUGGCAUAGUAAUAUACUUUUGUAUAAAACAUUGAACAAUAAUAGAUAAGCAUUUAUAAAACUGUGAUUAUUGAUUUUUUUCUGUAAAAAUAAUGAAUGUAUA